AUGCUUAUGAAAAUAUGAGUCAUCAAUUUAGAUUAUCUUCCAUUAGUUUUUAUGGUUUCACCAGAACAUGAAAUUUUUAAAAAAAGAAAAAAUUGUAAAAUUUUAUUGGAAAAUAGCUAUAGGCUUUUUCCUUCAUCAACUUGGCACUUUAUAUUACCUAAAAUCUUUGUGUACAGCAUCGAUAUAAUCGUUUUAUACUCAAUAUUUAAAUAA